UAUAAUGGAAAUACCGAAAGCAGCAGGUUCACGACCUUGCCAAAUCACAAAGCUUCUCCCCGGGCAGAGACACCUGACAGAUAGUUUUGACACACGGGGCGUUUCCUAACAUUGAGGCACUUGAAGAGGAAAGUUGCCAGGUCAUCGGAUUUACCCCCAACACAUCUGAUCCAGGAUCGACAGACCAUCAUAGUGAAAGGACAGCAAAGUCAGCAUGAACAGAUGUUUGAUCAGCGAGGUGGAGGUCAAAGGCUUCAUUGAGAGGUGCAUGACAGCAGUGGGUACCAAGCAGCAUCAUGCUCGCAGUCUAGCUGAAGUGUUGGUGGAAGGAGACCACAGGGGCCACUACAGCCAUGGACUCAACAGGAUGGACAUGUAUGUGAAGGACAUUCAAACUGGCAUCUGUGCCAAGGAUGGUGAGCCAGUGGUAGAAAAGGAGAGUGAAGCGACAGCACUGGUGGAUGGGAAGAAUCUCUUAGGCCCGGUGGUGGGAAACUUUUGUAUGAAUCUGGCCAUAAAAAAGGCCAACGACGUUGGCAUUGGCUGGGUGGUGGCACACAACUCCAACCAUUAUGGCAUUGCUGGAUACUAUGCAAUGCAGGCGCUGAAAGAAAACAUGAUUGGGAUGUCAUUUACCAACACAUCACCACUGGUGGUUCCCACACGUGCUAAAGAGUGUACUUUGGGCACCAACCCCAUCAGUGUUGCGGCUCCUGCUAAAGAUGGAGACAGCUUUGUUUUAGACAUGGCCACUUCAGCAGUAGCCAUUGGAAAGGUGGAGCUUCAUGAGCGGCGUGGAGACCCCAUUCCUGAGGGCUGGGGCUGUGACCCUCUGGGAAAAAUUACAACAGACCCCAAGAGAGUGCUGACUGGAGGAGGACUGGUGCCUGUUGGUGGCAGUGAAGCCACAGGAGGGUACAAAGGCUAUGGUCUGGGAAUGAUGGUGGAGGUGUUCUGUGGCAUCUUGGCUGGUGCCCAGUACAGCAAAUACAUCCGCAGUUGGAAAGUAACAGACCGUGUUGCAAACCUGGGUCAGUGUUUUGUGGCAAUCAAUCCAGAGAACUUUGCUCCCGGGUUCAGUGACAGGAUGUCAGAUCUGCUGUCCAUCCAUAGAAACCUGAAUCCUGCUGACCUAGACACUCCUGUUUUGGCUGCCGGAGAUCCAGAGAGGAUGAACAUGAAGAAAUGUGAGGAUAUGGGUGGGAUCCCUUACCACAUCAACGUCGUCAAAUACAUGAAUGAAUGCGCCAAGAAAAUCGGUGUCAACCCACUGUUGCCAUGUGACAAGAUCGUCUCGGGUUAAGUUUAUCCAAACAGGAUUCUCAGCUGUGGAAAUCAGCCACUAAUGCUCAACUUGAAGUGCAAUUCUGUUAAUACACCUUAUACAUUUUAACAGUAAUAUUUUAUUCAUGAUUAUACAUGUGACAUGUACUGUUAUUUUUUUUUUUUACUUUACUAAAAAAAAAAAAUGAUGUUGUUGCAGAUGCUUUUGAAGUUUCAUCAUACGUAAAGACACAGUGCUUUAUCAUCUACAAUUAAAUAUAUCAUUCCUUGUUGCUGAUGAAAGACAGUACUGUUCCUGCACAGCAAUCACAAAAGUAUUAUACUCACUUCUAAUUGAAAAUAAGAAUUUUCUGCUUCUUUGCUACUGAUGUGAAAAUUGUAUUUUUACUGUGAGAUCAUCUUAAAAACAUAAUUCUUUUAUUCCCAGAUCAAUAAAUGCCAUACUAUUUGGAA